AUGGCUUGGUUUCAGGCGAUGGCUUGGUUUCAGGCGAUGGCUUGGUUUCAGGCGAUGGCUUGGUUUCAGGCGAUGGCUUGGUUUCAGGCGAUGGCUUGGUUUCAGGCGAUGGCUUGGUUUCAGGCGAUGAUGAAUUAUACUACUACCUCACCGAUGCUUUCAAGCGGCGCGGACGAAAGGAUUUAUGGAGUCAACGAGGACAGUUGCCAUGUUGUGGUGGUCGGAGAGACCGAUAGCGCCUUUGACAUUGCAAACGUCAACACGACGACAAGCGAGAUCUCCGCCGUCACGAAUGACAACAUAAGCGAAAACUCCUACUGCAGGACGGUGAGGUGGUGCGAGAACGUGGGCGUUGGGGAAGCUGUCUGCUAUCACAUUCACCGCCGAGCUUUCGCUUCAAUGCUGCCAGAACCUCCCCAACUGUUGGGUUCACAGUCGCACGUUCUCCCCGGCCAAUAUGACUUCACCGGGAGAGAUUUGCCAUGCAUGCGACACAUCAAGUUCUGA